GCACCCGGGCCCUCGGGGUCAGAAUGUGGCCCCCGCCCCGCCCCCCGGCGCGGGCUGCUCCUCUUCCUCCCGUAACGGGCGGCCGGGCCACCUCCCUCUCCGGGCCACCGGCAGGGCCUCUCUAUGGGCAGGAACUGGUGCCCUCCUGCCCGCUGGACAGUUGCUGUGCGACUUGGACAGUAGAGGAGCGCCUCCCAAGUUCUCGUCCACCUGCCACCCCCAAAGCUUCCACCCUCCUCUCAGAGAGCACGUUUGAUGCCGGGCCCCUGAGAUCUCAUUGACAAGCCCCGGCUGGUCCCCCCUGAGCAGAGCCUGCUGACCCAAUUGCCCACGGUUGCGGCUUUGAUGCCUAGCCAUGUCUGCCUCAUCCUCGGGCGGCUCCCCCAGGUUUCCAUCGUGCGGGAAGAACGGAGUAACAAGUCUCACGCAGAAAAAGGUCUUGCGAACACCUUGUGGUGCACCCAGUGUCACCGUGACGAAAUCUCAUAAGCGCGGAAUGAAAGGGGACACGGUGAAUGUGCGGCGGAGUGUCCGGGUGAAAACCAAGGUACCUUGGAUGCCCCCUGGCAAGUCAUCCGCCCGGCAUGUGGGAUGCAAGUGGGAGAACCCACCACACUGCCUGGAGAUCACCCCGCCAUCUUCUGAAAAGCUGGUCUCCGUGAUGCGGCUGAGUGAUCUGUCCACUGAGGAUGACGACUCGGGUCACUGUAAAAUGAACCACUACGAUAAGAAGAUUGACAGUCUAAUGAAUGCGGUUGGUUGCCUCAAGUCUGAGCCCUGUGGCAGAGAAGAGCUUCCCCUCAGCAGCCCUGGUGCGCAUGCCUUGGUGCAGGUCAAGAUGCAGAAGGGGGAGCGCCAGAUGGCCAAGAGGUUCCUGGAAGAGCGCAAGGAGGAGCUGGAGGAGGUGGCCCACGAGCUGGCCGAGACUGAGCACGAGAACACCGUGCUGAGGCACAACAUCGAGCGCAUCAAGGAGGAGAAGGACUUCACCGUGCUUCAGAAGAAACACCUCCAGCAGGAGAAGGAGUGCCUCAUGUCCAAACUGGUCGAGGCGGAAAUGGAUGGAGCCGCCGCUGCCAAGCAAGUCAUGGCCCUGAAGGACACCAUCGGCAAGCUGAAAACGGAAAAACAAAUGACCUGCACGGACAUCAACACCCUUACGAGGCAGAAGGAGCUGCUCCUGCAGAAGCUGAGCACCUUCGAAGAGACCAACCGCACCCUUCGAGACCUGCUGAGGGAACAGCACUGCAAAGAGGAUUCUGAAAGACUGAUGGAACAACAAGGAGCACUCCUGAAACGGCUGGCGGAGGCCGACUCGGAAAAAGCGCGCCUGCUGUUAAUGCUGCAAGACAAGGACAAGGAGGUGGAAGAGCUCCUCCAGGAAAUCCAAUGUGAGAAGGCCCAAGCCAAGACAGCAUCUGAGCUCUCGAAGUCCAUGGAGUCCAUGCGUGGGCAUCUGCAGGCACAGCUCCGGUGCAAAGAGGCUGAGAACAGUCGCCUGUGCAUGCAGAUCAAGAACCUUGAACGAAGUGGGAACCAGCACAAGGCAGAAGUGGAAGCCAUCAUGGAGCAGCUGAAGGAACUGAAGCAAAAGGGAGAUCGAGACAAAGAGGCCUUGAAGAAGGCCAUUCGAGCCCAGAAGGAGCGAGCCGAGAAGAGCGAGGAGUAUGCUGAGCAGCUGCACGUACAACUUGCCGACAAGGAUCUUUAUGUUGCUGAAGCUUUGUCCACUCUGGAGUCUUGGAGGAGCCGCUACAACCAGGUUGUGAAGGACAAGGGAGACCUCGAGCUGGAAAUCAUUGUUCUGAAUGACCGGGUAACAGAUCUUGUCAACCAACAACAAACCCUGGAAGAGAAGAUGCGGGAAGACAGGGACAGCUUGGUGGAAAGGCUGCACCGCCAGACAGCCGAGUAUUCUGCAUUCAAGCUGGAGAACGAGAGGCUGAAGGCUAGCUUUGCCCCGAUGGAGGACAAGCUCAACCAGGCACACAUUGAGGUCCAGCAGCUGAAAGCAUCGGUGAAGAACUACGAGGGGAUGAUUGACAACUACAAGAGUCAGGUGAUGAAGACAAGGUUGGAGGCUGAUGAAGUGGCUGCCCAGCUCGAACGCUGCGACAAAGAGAACAAGAUCCUGAAAGAUGAGAUGAACAAAGAGAUCGAGGCGGCUCGUCGGCAGUUCCAGUCCCAGCUGGCUGACCUUCAGCAGCUGCCCGACAUCCUCAAGAUCACUGAGGCUAAGCUGGCCGAGUGCCAAGACCAGCUGCAGGGCUAUGAGAGGAAGAACAUUGACCUCACAGCCAUCAUAUCAGACCUGCGCAGCCGGAUCGAACACCAGGGGGACAAGCUGGAGAUGGCGAGAGAGAAACAGCAGGCCUCCCAGAAGGAAAAUAAACAGCUGAGUCUGAAGGUGGAUGAACUGGAGAGGAAACUGGAGGCGACCAGUGCCCAGAAUAUCGAGUUCCUACAGGUGAUUGCCAAGAGGGAGGAGGCCAUCCACCAGUCCCAGCUGCGCCUGGAAGAGAAAACGAGGGAAUGUGGGUCCCUGGCAAGGCAGUUGGAGAGCGCUAUUGAAGAUGCCAGGAGACAGGUGGAACAAACCAAGGAGCAGGCGCUGUCGAAGGAGCGAGCAGCUCAGAGCAAAAUCCUAGACCUUGAGACCCAGUUGAGCAGAACCAAGACAGAACUCAACCAGCUGCGGAGGAGCCGUGAUGACGCAGACCGUCGCUACCAGAGCCGGCUACAGGACCUGAAAGACCGCCUGGAGCAGUCGGAGGGCACCAACCGCAGCAUGCAGAACUAUGUCCAGUUCCUCAAGUCAUCCUACGCCAACGUGUUUGGGGAUGGGCCUUACAGCACCUUCCUGACCAGCUCCCCCAUCCGCUCCCGGUCGCCUCCUGCCUGAGGUGCUUGAUG